GCGGUACAACCAAAACAAACUCCUGCGCAAUCGAAUCGCGAAAGAAUUGCAAAUGUAUGCGGGCAGUGGCGCGGCUGCCACCGAAUAGGAUGGCCGUUUCGUUCUACGCUGUGGCGCUUCUGGCCGCCACUGCUCUUGGCGCCUCCAUUUCACCGAGUCAAGUGGAGAGUUCGGCGUGCGGUCGCGUGUGGGUGACGGUCCACUCUCCGACGAUCCGGGUGACGGGCGCGUCGGACCUCCUCGACGCCAUUGAACUCAACUGGGACUUCAACGCGUGCUCCAAUGUGCCCACACAGAUCGGGUUGUUCGACGACCGACCGCUGUCAUGGGUUAGCGCUCUGGCAGUAUACCCGGUCUCCUCGAUCGAGGGUCACGUGGUGACGAACUUCUCUCUCGGGGACGUGUCCCUGCCGGCCGGCUGGGAGUCGGGGACAGGCAUCCGCGGCCCCCACUGCCUGUGGCCGUGGGCCGGGGCCGGGGACAGCCAGAUACUGGCGCACAACUGUCUCAAAAUACAGCCCACGUGGAUGGAGGAUAAUGCUGAGAAGAUUAACAGACUCCGUGUCGGCGAGCUGGCCAUCCCCGGAACCCACAACGCCGGGGCAUGGCGCUUCGACACGGAGAUCAGCUCCGUGACCAGGGACAGUUUCGUCCUGUGCCAGGACCGCUCCGUGUGGGCGCAACUCGUCCACGGCAUCCGGUACUUUGACUUCCGGAUCGGGUACUACGAUUUCUACGCGAAGGAAGAGGACAGGUACUGGCUAAACCACAAUCUUAUCAGAGUCCGGCCAUUGGUGCCCCUGCUGAGAGAAAUUCGUGUGUUUUUGGAUAGUACUAAAGAGGUUGUCUUCCUAGACGCUCACCACUUUCCAAUAGGCUUCUACGAGCAAAACGGUGCUCCAAUCCGCCACGUCCACGAGGGGUUGAUACGGAUCGUGCAGAACGAACUUGGCCCACACCUGGCUCUGGCGACACAGUUCUCGACAGGCAGUGGGACGAGAGGACCGACAGUGCAGAGCUUGGUAGACGCCGACAAACGCCUGCUCUUCAGCUAUGUGGAUAAUAAUAUUGUUUUAGAAAACAGUUGGCUCUGGCCGAUACUACCUCACUUAUGGGCGAACACCAACAGCCCUACAGAACUGUUCGCCUUCCUCGACAGGACCAUCGGUACUUACCCCCAGCCGUCCGCCCGCUCCCCCCUCUACUCCGCCAUGGCACAGACCACCCCUACCGUCAUCGACAUCCUCUUCCUCCGAGGAUCCGUCAGGGAGAACGCCGAUGACGUCAACCGCAACGUCACGGCCAGGCUGACGGGCAAGUGGCGCAACCAGGCCAACAUAGUUUCGACGGACUUCUUCCUCGGUAAUGACGUCAUCGACGUGUCCAUAGCGAUCAGCCUGGAGCGCGCCGGCCGGUUAUGACGAAGCGGCCGGCCGAGGAGUGGUGGACUGUACAUCAACAUAAUAACCACGUCACGAUUCAGUGGCCGCCGACAACCGUUCUUGCUCACGUAUAAUCGCGCUAAGCCGCCUCGGAGGUUCGUUUUGGGUACAUUUUAGGUGACAUUUCUGUAUUUAAAACUAGCUAAACACAAUUUUUGUAUUGAAACCAUUCGUUUACAAUCUGUGAGGACUCUGUGUUUCUUACUUCUUACGCGGUUUUAAAAUGGGAAAGUUGCUACCGAGUGCGCUAGUUUAGCUGUUAACAAAAGUGAGAUAUUUAUGAAAUAUUUUGUAGUUACGAGUGAACUAGUCCAAUUUUUAUU